AGUCUAAUUCUUGACUAUUGCUAUUCCUUGUCUCACCUUGUUUACCAUUGUUCUUAAGUUCUUCAUCCCUGACUAAUUCUUUAGUAUAGAAUAUCCUAUCUAGGUGAAAGCCAUCUCAAGAACGCAUGGAUUCAAGAGUCAUAUAUCAAGUACUCCAUACUUCAAUACCCAGUCGAGAGAAGACGACCCAUAUAGGAUGAGUUGAAUAGAAUCCUUCUAGAUAUGUACUACGUAUGUUAGGGGAUUUUGCUUGAGUAUUGACUACAUCUGUUUGGUUAUUUUAUGUAGUCAUACUAAACCAUGUUUUACAAAGUAAUUUGAUUGAAGUUUAUUUUGAUAUUCCAUGUUUGGUUACCGAUUUGGUUAUGGGUUAGUUUCCUUUUCCCUCUUAUCUAUCCUAACUUGGAACCACGACACAGGAUGAAUGCAAAUCGGGGUCGUGGUCGCGGAGGACGCGGACGCGGACGUGGUCGCGCGCCAGCGUUUCAGGAGAACUUCGUCGAGGGUGAAGUUCACGACACGGACACUGACACCGAGAAUGAGGGACCAGAGCAGCCGCCACCACCGCCACCAGUUAACAUUGCGCAAGUGAUGCUGAUGCAGACACAACUACUGCAGCAGAUGGCCGCCACUCUGGCGAAUCAGAAUCAGAAUCAGAACCAAAACCAGAAUCAGAAUCAGAAUCCUCCUCCACCGCAGUCCAAGCUUGCAGAGUUCAUGAGGACGAAGCCCCCCACCUUUGCGGGAUCAGCGGACCCUAUUGAGGCAGACGAUUGGCUGAAGGAUAUUCGCCGGAAGCUUAACCUGGUGAGUGUUAAUGCUCAAGACCGUGUGAAGUAUGCUGCGCAUCAACUUCAGGGUGUGGCCGCGGAUUGGUGGGAGAACUAUUGUGAGGCGCAUGAUGACGCAGAGGGGAUCACGUGGAAUGAGUUUGCCGAAUCAUUUCGCACUGCACACAUACCAGCUGGUCUUAUGGAGCUGAAGAGGGAUGAAUUUCGAGCUCUGGUUCAGGGGAAGAUGACAGUCUCUAAGUACUGGGACCGUUUCACCCAAUUAUCUCACUAUGGAAGGGCGGAUAUCCCCACUGAGGCAGAUAAGAUCUCUAAGUUUCUGAGGGGCCUGAACCUAGGUUUGAAGGAUAGGUUGGUGUCUCAUGAUUUUGCUAACUUCCAGAGUUUGGUCAACAAGGCUAUUCUUCAGGAGAAUUCAAAGAACGAACUUGAUGAACACCGCAAGCGCAAGGCACCACAGAGUCAGUACGGGGCAGGGAGCUCACGCCAGAAGAACAAUAAAAACCCAGGAUACCGUGGAUCAGGUGCAAAGCCGGUGAAGCCUAAUCCCAAUGCUUCGUAUGGUGCCUAUCGUACUCCGAGAGCUGAAGUCGGAGGAAACCAUGCCAACACUGCUGGGAGGACAUGCUACAACUGUGGCGAAGAGGGUCACUUUGUUGCUGCAUGCCCGGGCAAGAAGAACACCGGGGCGACGCCAGUGAAGUUCAACUUAGGGUCUGCCGCCAAGACGCCAGCAGCAGGACGUGGACGAGGCAUACUGCCUACCCCGGGAGGCGCACCUCAUGCUUCGGGACAGCAAGGACGUGGCCAAGUCAACCAUGUCACGGUGGAACAGGCGCAUGAAGCUUCAGAUGUUGUCCUUGCAAUUUGUUGA